AUGGCACCACCACCUCCACCACCAAAUAAGAAUAACGAUCUAAGACUUGAGUUUCUUAGAACCAUUGCUCAAAAGAAUAUUCUAGCUAAACCUUUAAAGAAAUUACAAAUCGAACAAGCACAAUCAGGGCAACCUCAAAAAGCACAAAAAAAAUCAUAUAGAAGACAUAAAGGUGCUAGACAAUUGAUCUCUGAGGAGACUAAAAGAAUUAAUGCUAUCCUUGAACAACAACAACAACUAUAUGAUGAGGAUAAUUCACAUGUCAGAAAGACUCCCAAAGUUACAUUUUUUAAUCUAUCUGCACCACCUUCAAUUAAGCCAACAAAACAUUAUUGCGAUAUUACGGGACUGAAUGGGCCUUAUAAAUCUCCAACAAAUAAUAUCAGAUAUCAUAAUUCAGAGAUAUAUCAAUUUAUCGUAAAACCAAUGGCACCAGGGGUAGAUCAAGAAUAUUUAAAAUUAAGAGGUGCAAAUUUCGUAUUAAAAUGA